AUGAGUGAUGCCCCAACUGAUGCACACGGCAGAGAGAUGGCUACUAAAGCUGAGAUGACAGAGAUUCAGGCGAUGUCAGUUAAAAGUCUCACGGCCUGUUUGUUGAAUAUUUCCGAAGCAAGACGAUGGAAAGUUGUCGAGACGGUUGCAAAUGCUGCAUUGAACUCAAAUUCCGCUGGGGAAUGCAAAGCUGCAGUGUUGAACAUUUUCAAUGACAUAGACUACAACAGGUCAGUCAUCACCAUAGUUGCCCCAUUGACCCAGCUCAUUGAAAGUGUCACAAAUGCCUGUGUUGUGGCAUUUCAACAUAUCAACCUGGCAGAUCAUUCUGGGGGUCAUCCAAGGCUGGGUGCAGUUGACCUAAUACCAAUACAUCCCAUCAGCGAAGAUGUAACUUUACAAGACUGUGGCAAAGCAGCACAAGAAAUAGCAAAGGAGUUAUCCUCAAAAGUUCCAGGAUCAUCGUAUUUCCUAUUUGGCCAUGCUGACCAUCUUGACAGAGGCUUGGUAAAGAGGAGAAAAGAGUUAAAAUGGUUCUCAGGAAAAUCCAAGAUGGAUUACUCAACGCUAGAGUCUGACAUUGGAUGUAGUCCAACAUCUAGAUUUGGAUUAACAGGUAUAGGAGCCAUUCCUUAUGUUAUGAACUGCAAUGUUACUAUGGAAUCUACAGAUUUAAAACUUGGCCGACAUAUUGCGAAAAAAAUCCGAGGGUCAACUCCAGGGGGCCUCCCAGGCGUACAAACGAUGGCAUUCCCCCAUGAAGGAAACAUUGAAAUAGCAUGCAAUGUUGAAAGCUUUAAUUCUGAAAAACUACCCCUGGGUCAAAAUAUGACAAACUUUGUGAAAACAUUUGGAGGGUGCUUUUAUACAUCAGGGAAGACAAUCCAAGAGAGAGUUAAAGAUUUGGCCUCAAAGGAAAGUGUGAGAGUUCAUGAUGCAGCAAUUAUAGGAUUUAGGCCAGAGGAAGCAAGGGAACUUGCUAUAGAGGCUCUAAACUCAGGGAGAUAUGAUUACUGGAAAUAUAGGACACAAAGACAAAUGUGAUGGUUAAGUGUUAAAGUAGAUCAACUGAAACCAAAAUAAAUAUUACAAGUAUCAUCAACAUCAUGAUUUUUAUACAAAAUAAAAGUGAAAGUUUGAAACUUUUUCCAACAUUGAUAUUUACAGAAAAUUCUGAAUUCUGAUUCUGAAUGUCAUAAUUUUGGGUAUAUUUUAGGAUAAUAUUUUACGAAUAAGAGAUUGACCCUUAUGCCUCAGUCAUAUUUUAUCUACGGCAGCCAUACGGUGACUGUAGUUUCCGAAAUCAAGAGAAACAUGCAGCAUAAGAUAUAGGGAU